UGAACACACCGAUUUCGCUACUGCCGUCGCUUGCUUGUGAGCAAAUCCCCUCCCGCCAUGGAGUCCUUCCAUGGGACGGCCACCACAACGGCCACCAACACCCCAAGGCCUGGCACCCCAGAAAGCGACCCCAUCGAACCUGUGCAUCGACAGAACCCAUUCGCUUCACCUUAUGCAUCCAUGCCAGCAUCAACUAUGGCAUCUUCUACUGCCAUUCAAGCACUCCCACCACCGAGAUACUUUCACUCUCGCCGAAUAAACAAAGAAGAAGUGGAAAAGCCUUGGUUGGAGAAGAAGGAUCCGAAAGAGAAAUGGGUGACCAUAAUUCCAAUCAUUGGCAUUUUCAUCGGUCUUGCACUUUCCGCAUUCCUGAUCUACGAAGGUCUGCAGACCGUCCAAAACCACACUUACUGCCCAGUCCUCGAUGACGACUUCUCUGCUGGGCUCAAUGGCAAAGUUUGGACAAAGGAGGUCGAAGUGGGAGGCUUUGGCAAUGGCCAAUUCGAGAUGACUACGAACACAGACGAGAACGCAUUCGUCCAGGAUGGAAUGCUCGUAAUCAAGCCGAGUCUACAAGACGAGAAAUUGGUUGAGUCCAACAACGUAAUCAACCUUCUCAAGGAUGGCAUUUGCUCUUCUGAUCUCUGGUCCAACUGUGUGGCCGUGACCAAUACCACAAACGGAACGAUCGUCAACCCCGUCAAGUCCGCUCGCAUCAGCACCAAGAAAGGCGCUAGCAUCAAGUUCGGUCGUGUUGAGGUUGUCGCCGAGCUACCAGCGGGAGACUGGUUGUGGCCUGCAAUCUGGAUGUUGCCGGUCAACGACACCUACGGGCCGUGGCCAAAUUCCGGCGAAAUUGACAUCAUGGAAUCCCGUGGCAACAACUACUCCUACCCACAAGGCGGCAACAAUAUUGUCUCUUCGGCAUUGCACUGGGGUCCGGAUGCAGCAAAUGAUGCCUGGUGGCAAAACAACGUCAAGCGUGAAUCGCUGCACACCACAUACUCCGCAGGCUUCCACACAUUUGGCUUGGAAUGGAGCGAGAAGUACAUUUUCACCUACAUCGACACACGUCUCCUACAGGUCCUCUACACCAACUUCAACAAGCCUUUCUGGCAAAAGGGUGAUUUCCCCGCCUCGGAUUCGAACGGGACCAGACUCGUCGACCCGUGGAGCCAGACAGGCCGUGACAGCACUCCCUUCGAUCAGGACUUUUACUUGAUUCUCAAUGUCGCCGUUGGAGGUACGAACGGCUGGUUCGACGACGGCGUCGCAGGCAAGCCUUGGGUCGAUGCUUCGGACACUGCCAAGCAUGACUUCUGGAACGCACGUGACCAGUGGUACCCAACAUGGGAGAAGCAAGGACAAAUGAACAUCAAGAGUGUUAAGAUGUGGCAGCAGCAGGGCUACAAUGGUUGCUAG